CAGAGCAAUCCAUCCAUACCGACCAGGGCCUUUUAUUUUUACCAGUGUGGCUGCGUUGUUGUUCAAUCUGUUUCACCAUGACCCCAUAACCUUAGAGACGAUGGAAUCUUAUUACCUACAAUGUGACAGUUUGAACUGGUGUGUUUGUGCUUAGUGCUUCAGGAUUUUCCCCCAACCCACAAGUAUCUCAUUGAGUGUGUUUAACAGAUGUUUCUUAAAGAGCUGUGUCCAUAUGAGCAAGUUUUAUUUUCCCUUUCGUACCGUUUCCCCUCUAGUGUAGCGGAAUAUACAAAGAAGUCACAUGAAUUCUAAUUAUAGCAUGUGCUGCAACUCCGGACAGGACAAAAUGGUCUUUGGGGUUAUUUAAUGUUUUGGGACGUGGUUUUCAAGAGUCAAGAUAAUUUAGCUCUUAAUGGCAAAUCAUUAGUGAAGAAACAGAUUUGCCAUACAAAUGUAACUAUUUGCAGAAUCUCCAUCUGCGGUAAGUUUGAUUGCCCCUGUUUCUUUCCAUUUCAAAACCAUUAAAUAUCAUUGCCUUUAGGGAUGGAAAAAUCUAUCAUUAGCUCUUUCUAUUACCUCAUGUGGGGUCAGAACCGGGAAUGACAUUGUCUUAUCUGUGUUAAAGCACUGGCGAAUGAGUCAAAAUGUCCUUUUUAUGUCUUUGAAAGUUAACCCCUGGGGUCUAAGUCAGUCAUCAUCAGUCUUUAAUCAGAGUGUGGUAAGUGCAUAGGGACAUUCUUGGCAUGGUCAGCAGAGAGCCUGUCACUUUCCAUGAGUCCUAUCCUGUUGUUACCUGGCAGGCUGUGUAAUCCUUGAUUUUGUAAUCCUUGAUGUAACCUGCAUAACCUAAACUAUACAAUGCCAGGCUCUCGCUUUGUGGUGGAAACUGAACGUAGUAUUUGAUGACAUUUGAACUUGAAGACUGUCAGUAAGUAGUAAAGUAGAAACGUAUCGUGGUGGUUAGUAAAUCAAUGUAUUUUAUUGUACUUUCUCUCGUGUUUGGUUACUGUAGUCUGAGAAUGUGAGUGGUGCUAGCCCCAGCCUGUACUUGUGCAUUGUUUUGUGUUCUGUUUAUUAGAUUUUUUUUCACUUCUAACCAGAAUCAAAGGGAUGAUUGGCCAAACCUUGUUGAAAGAUGGCCAAUGUUCACUGUCUGUUCAGAUUACAGUGCCUUCAGAAAGUAUUCAUACACCUUGAAAACGUGUUUUUGAAAUGUUAGGAAAUGUAUAGACCCAUUAAAUACACAAAUAUCUAAUUUACACAAGUAUUCACCCCUGAGUUUAUACUUUGUAAAAUCACCUUUGGCAGUGAUUAAAAAAGUAUUUGUGGGUAAGUCUCUAAGCGCUUUUCACACGAGAAUUGUGCAACAGUUUACCAUUUAUUGUUUUCAAAAUUCUUCAAGCUCUGUCAAAUUGCUUGUUGAUCUUUGCUAGACAAAGAUUUCAAGUAUAUUUAAGUCAAAACUGUAACUCGGCCACUCUGGAACAUUCACGGUCUUCUUGGUAAGCAACUCCAGUGUAGAUUUGGCCUUGUGUUUUAAGUUAUUGUCUUGCUGAAAGGUGAAUUAAUCUCCCAGUGUCUGGUGAAAAGCAGACUGAUUUUACAUGUGCUCCAUUGUUUCUUUUUUUUACCUGAAAAACUCCCCUGUCUUUAAUGCUUACAAGCAUACCCAUAACAUAAUGCAGUCUCCCCUAUGCUUGAAAAUAUGGAGUGGUACUCAGUAACGUGUUGUUUUGGAUUUAAAAACUAAGAAUAUCAAACAGGAAGUUAAAAAGAAGGCAGCUAUGAAUAAGUAUACCGACAUAGAAGGUUUGAAUAAAAUGCUGGUUGGACUCGGAUCAGGGGAGCCAUUUGGACAACAAGGAUUUCGACUCGGCUGACAAAGAUUCCUUUUUCGAAGGAUUGGAUCCACUUUUUUAGAUUUGUAAGUAAAUUAUUUUCAUGACUUUAUAUAGCUAAUUUACUAUAUGUAUUUCGUUUUUUUUAUAAGUUGUCUGCUUUUUGUGCUUUGGAUUUAGGUUACAUAGGCCUAUGUAACAAGUAAUUUCAAUGUUAUAUAAUUCCACAGUUUGCUCUUAUAAGUUUCAUCCUUGUAACUUUAGAGGCCAGUAAACUCUCAUGGCCAUUGUUUGUUUAUUUGUGGUUCCUACCUGUGCCUUUGUCUCGAAGGUGUUACUGUUUGCAUUGUGUGUGUGCGUGUUUCACACCUAUGUGAGUCACUGUACAGAAAGUUUAGGCUUGGUGUUUUUACUAUACAGUAAUGUCAUUUUGUCAAUUUAAUCAACUGUAAUUCUGUGUGUCUUUCAUCAAUAUGAUGAUGACGUUUGAGAGCCACCCCUCCCCAGUAAGCGCCCCUGCCGGUCAAGGUCUUCACCCCCCGCUGCUAUGCCAAUCACCCCGUGUGACGGUUCUACAUCCACUUUUCAUAGACUUCUUGAAAAAGAAAGUGCUUGUGGCACCAUUCGUCCUAACAUAAUUGGUUCCCCCAAGACCAAGGUAAACGACAUGACAAAGACAGUGGAGAGGGGGACCAUACAUUGGAUCAGGACUAACAAGCUACUUUUUCACUAGGGAAGUAACCUUGCUCACCACACAGCAUAAGGCAUUCAGUAACAACCAUUUCUCAAGGAGGGUGAAAAAGGAAUGAUGUCUCCAUUACUGUUUCUGUGAAGGACUACAAUGCCAGAAUGGAGGGUGUUGACCUAUCUGAUGCUCUGAUCUGGUACUCCACAAGACCAGGAAGUAGUAUGAGACUUUUUUUUUUUUAACGCUUUGUGGACAUUGCUCCAGUAAAUGCUUUCAUUCUCCGCAAGCAGAUGGCCAAAGCAAAAGGUCAAACCCCUCUCACCCAGUUGGCCUUCCGAGAGCAGCUGGUGUUGGAAAUGGCUGAAUUUGGGGCCCAAAGCAACCUCACAACCAUCACAAGACCCCCCACUCAAGGAGGAGAGGGUAAGGUUGGGAAGGUGGUGGACAUCCGUGGCUGGGACACAGAGUCCGGUCGCAGUGUGGCCAGUGUCACCUGGUCCAAUGGUACCACCAAUGUCUACCGAAUGGGUCACAAGGGCAAGGUAGACCUCAAAUACGUGUCUGACGUCCAGGGAGGCUUCUACUACAAAGACCACCUACCAAAGCUCGGUGAGCACGCAGAACUGCAGAGGCAGGAGAGUGCAGAAGGCCACACCUUCAACCAGGGGGACAAGGUGAAAUGUCUCCUGGAGGUGGACAUCCUCAGACAGAUGCAGGAGGGCCACGGAGGGUGGAACCCCAAAAUGUCAGAGUACACCUGCAGAAUCGGGAUGGUACACAGAAUCACUGACCGGGGAGAUGUCCGAGUCCAGUACAGCAACAACAUCCGCUGGACCUUCCACCCAGGGGCCCUAACCAAGGUGAACACUUUUGGUGUGGGCGAGCUGGUGCGAGUGCUGGAAGACAUAGACAGUGUUAAGAGGCUUCAGGCUGGCCAUGGAGAAUGGACAGACAGCAUGACACCCGCCCUGGGGCAGGUGGGCAAGGUGCUGAAGGUGUACGCCGACGGGGACCUGCGCGUGGCCUUCAACGGCCAGACGUGGACCUUUAACCCGGCGUGCCUCUCUGCCCAAUCCGUGGAGGUGGACGCCAACCUCAUGACGGUGGAGAACCCCAACGUAUCCGGAAACACAGUCAUUUCAGUCCUGGAGAAGCUGCUGUCUCAGUCUACAGAUCAGGACAACCCCAGCCGGCUGGUCAUCGAGGCGGCGCAUGGCAGUGCCAACAAAGUCCGAGAGCUUGUGCAGAAAUACCCUGACAAGGUGGAUAUAAAGAACCAGGGCAAGACGGCGCUGCAGGUGGCAGCCCACCAGGGCCACAUGGAGGUGGUCCUGGCUCUGCUGCAAGCCAACAGCUCCAUUGAAGUGAAGGACGAGGACGGAGACACCGCCCUGCACUACACGGCCUUCGGGAACCAGGCGGAGAUUGCACGGCUAUUGCUGAGCAAAGGGGCCAAGGUGAACCUGCUGAACAACUCCAUGUGCACAGCGCUGCACAUAGCCGUCAACAAGGGCUUCACCGAUGUGGUGCGUGUGCUGUCGGAACACUCAGCCGACAUCAACCUACAGGACUCGUACGGAGACACACCUCUGCACGACGCCAUCGCCAAAGACUUCCGUAACAUCAUUGAGAUCCUGGUUGUGGUGCCCAACAUAGACUUCACCCAGCAGAACCACCGCGGCUUCAACCUCCUGCACCACGCAGCCCUCAAAGGCAACAAGCUGGCCACGGAGAAGAUCUUGGCUCGGGCGCGUCAGCUGGUGGAUGUCAAGAAGGAGGACGGCUUCUCGGCUCUGCACCUGGCCUCCCUCAACAACCACCGAGACGUGGCCGAGAUCCUUGUAAAAGAGGGCCGCUGUGACGUCAACAUCCGCAACAACCGCAACCAGACGCCGCUGCAACUGGCGGUGACGCAGGGCCACGGGGACCUGGUGCAGCUACUAGUGGUCGAGGGCGCGGACGUCAAUGUGGAGGACGAGGAUGGGGACACGGCCAUGCACGUCGCCCUCAGCCGCCCGCAGCUGGCCAACGCCACGCUCACCCCCGCCACCACCAGCACCACGACCACCACGCAGGAGAGAGGAGAGGGGGGUCCGGGCUCGUCAUCAUCCUCGCUGUACUGUCAGCUGAGCAGCUCGGGGCUGAUGGGUAACACGGAGCUGAGCGUGGGCGCAGCCAUUGCCUGUUUCCUGGCACAGGAGGGCGCCAACAUCAACUACGCUAACCACAAGGGCAAGAGCCCGCUGGACCUGGUAGCUGACACAGCCGUGCUGCAGCUCAUCAAGAGCUUCUCUGAGAAGCAGCGGUUGCAGCGGCUGCAGGCCAUCACGUGCGGCACGUCACUGAGCAGCACCAGCCUGCGGCGGGUCCACACCACGCCCAAUACCAUGACUAACCUGGCCAUGCCCGUCCUGCCGGGGCCCAGCGAGUGUCUCAUCUGCUCCGAGCUGGCGCUGCUCGUCCUCUUCUGCCCCUGCCAGCACAGCGUCGCCUGCGAAGAGUGUGCUCAUCGAAUGAAGAAAUGCAUCAAAUGCCAGGUCACGAUCACCAAGAAAAUAAGACAAGACCAGACAGAGGUGGACUGCAGCCCGGACUCGGAGCAGCACAACCUGCUGGAGCAGCUACAGUCACGCUACCGCCAGAUGGAGGAGCGUAUCACCUGCCCCAUCUGCAUCGACAACCACAUCAAGCUGGUCUUUCAGUGCGGCCACGCCUCCUGCAUCGACUGCAGCGCCGCCCUCAAGACAUGCCCCAUCUGCAGGCAGACCAUCCGCGAGCGCAUUCAGCUCUUUGUCUGACCCAGGCCCCCGUCCUCCGCCUCCUUUCUCCCCCCCCACCCCCCAUGAAGUGGCCCGGGGGUGGUCAGCUUGUUGCCCGUUUUCUGCUGGUGUCUGUUAGUCGGUCAGUCUGCGUCUCAGUCCUUUGGGAUAAGCCACUUGCUCAUCCAUCCUGGCUCAGCCACUGCGCUUUGUUGUGUUCUGUUUCAUGAAGUUGCGCCAGGGGUGUAAUCAUUACGCCGAUUCUGUUGCAAAACGUUUUGCCACAGAAACUGUUUACUCAAAACAGAAAAACACAAAUUAGAGUUUCUAUUGGGCAAAUUCAGGUAGGUCCCUCCGUGUUUCGUUCCAUUUGCUUUGUUUGCUUCCAUUUUGUUCUUAAAGAGUAAACGGUUUCCGUAAUGAAUACACCCCAGGGUUUCCAGCAGUAUCACAUAGCUGGAUAUGGUCAUACUGACUAGAUUUAGUUUUUUUUGUUGCCCAUUUCUGCAUGGGAAAAAAUCCAUCCACUACCCCUGAAAGGCUCUGCAAUGCUUUCUCCGUGGCCCCCAGUAACCAGCAACCACAGCCGGUUACAUCAGGAGGAGGUGGUUGUGCCGCAAGCUCCACUCAUAUUGGUGAACAAGGAGGAUGUCCCUACGAACCAGGGAGGAUGUCCAUCUGAAUAGGCCCUCACCUGUGCUGCUCUAAGAGGAGGUCUGUUAUUCCCCAUUUGAUUGCACCCCGUUUGCCUGUCUUACCUCCCCUGUUUACAAGGCUGCAGAGAACAGUCCAUCUCCCUGUCUUGAAUCCUGUGUAUUAUGUUUGCUCUCCUUCAUAUGAAGCUGUUUGUAAUAAGUGUUAGUCUCCAGAGGGUGAUGGUAUAACUAAAGGCUCCUCUGUAUAGCCCUUCCCGCUUGCCGUACAUACGUAAGAGGAAAAUACACACUAUAUGCAUGAGUACAUGCAUAUUCUAAGCUGAAGACUUUGUUGUGGAUUUGGUUACAUGUGUGGUUUUAAGAGUACCAGUAAUUAGUACUGAGUUAUUAAUGUCUGAAGGUGUUUCUAUUUAGCUAAAGUCAUAUUAUUUUUGGUGUUUGAUCUGCAAAAAAAGGAUUUCUGCUGUAAUUUCACCCAAGCCUAUGUCCUUCUCUACUCAGGGUCCUGAUUCAUUGAAACACUUCUAGUAUCAAAAGGGUUGUGGAAUGUUUUGUUUUUGUCAAAUGUUUUUACAUUAGAGCCUUCUGACAAUUUGGUGUGCAUUUUCUAAGGGACUUGUAGAUAUCUGGUAAAACAACAGCUUGGACUGUUUUAUAGCAGAAUAGACGUGUAGAUGAGUUCACUUCAGCCCAACAUACCGUUCUUGCUUUUGGUAUGAAAUGAAUGUUGAAAUACACCAUAAUAGAGAGAGGUUUGCGUGUUGCUUUAAAAGAAAGGAAAUACUUAUUUGUCUGCUGUCGCAGUGGCAGUGCAAGUCAUUUUCCUUAUACCAUCACCCAGAUACCUAUUGUUCUUUGUAGAUUUGUAUAAAAAGCAUGAACGAAGCCCGUGUCUGUUGUUGUCUGAACCUGAGCGCCUCUGUCCUUCUCCUCAGCGUGUAGCGUAGCGUUGUACUGCCCAGCAAGUGCGUUAGCUGCCCAUCCGCUUGCUAGUAUCAUCACACUCAGCUUCAGACAGAGCUCAGCCAAUUGGGUGGUGCAGAAAGGUUUGUCAUUGAGUUUAGGUCGACUUUGGACUCUUGCGGACAGAAUUACCUUUGAUUUCUGGAAGCCUUGGUGUCCUUUGGAUAGAGGAAGAUAACUCCUCCAAUACAGAACAGAAAGGAUUAUUGGUCAAUGGAGGUGGGUAAACUUCUAUAAAAGCUGAGCCAGAAAAAUUAUGUAUAUGCUUGUUCUUUAUUUUGUCACAAUGUGGACUUUUGGCAGCCUUUGGACUCUUGUAAUGUAUUUUUUUCUCAAACAGUAAACAUUGAAUUAGACAUGGCAACAAAAAAAGUGGAACUGCACAUCUGUAGUUCCGUGUCUCGCAUCAUAUUCAGCCUACUUAGAAGAACCCCCCCCCCCCAGUCUGUUUGGCAAAGCAUUUUGGAUUGUACAUCAUCCUUUGUAUUUUUUGGUUUGUUUUCCAAAGGGCUUAUGUGUUUUUAAAAAAUUAUCUAUUUGAUUUUUCUAUUGUUAACUUCCAUUGACAGGGGUUUGUAGAUCCCAGCUUUCGGUAAGCCAAUUAAGAUGUACAUUUUGAAUGUUAGAAAAAAUGUAAUCUGUCUUACUCUGCCUUUUUGUGGAAAGGUUGUAAAGAUGUGAGAGAGGGCACAAGCGGGGGAAAGUAAGGUUUACUCUAAGAAGUACUACUACACCAGUGCCAAAUCUUUAAAAGGAUGUGCACAGGACUGCACAGCCUAGUUCAUCUAGAUACAAUGCUCUAGCCAUGAUCAAUGUUUUGAAAUAAUUGAAUAGCACUAUUGUGGCUCCCAAUGAUGAUUUUGUCUCAAACUAUCAUAGCUAUGUACUAUUUGGGCAAAAGAGCAAGAGCAUAUUGUGAGUAUGCUGUAGGGUACUAAAAAAGUAGUGCACUACAUGGGGAAUAGGGUGUCAUGAGACUGCACCCAUUCCCUCUUUCCCAGCUUCUCAAUGACAACUGAUAUUAAAGAAGAAGAAAGAAAAAUUGGAGCCAAAACUUUAUAAUUUUAAUGAAUCGAGAGAGUCUUUAUGAUCAUUAAAGAUUGGCAUCUGGUGUCCUACAUUGGGUCAUGUGAGUAUUCUCUGUACACAGGUAAUAAUUAUUAUUUAGGAGAGCCAGGAGGUUUGGAAAUGUACUACUAGAGGUUUGCUAUGAGAACUACAUAUACUAUUUAAGCAAGAAAUGUUACUAUUUGUGUGUACAGCACUUGGAGUUCUGAUGUUGGCCUUACUGUCCAUUCCUCCAACGUUGACGUGUUUGUUCAGUUGUAUUCUGUCCGAAAAUAUUUUGCAAUAAAUAUGGAACUGUUUUAUAAGUA